AUGACAGGAAGCAUGUACUCUCCAGUCCUUGAGACUAGCCGCAUAUUCUCUGAGCUGUGUGAGCAGUCGGAACGCUUUGACUUACCACCCGAGGUCCUUGCAAACAAAGACCGCGUCUCGUUCUCUACCAGUCAUAAUGAAAUCUACUUCCCCAUUCCCUUUAAAGAGACUGAGACUCUCGCCGCCCUGAAGGGUGUCGAAGGUUCCGUGGCCGCCGCCAUUGCCGACCUGCGCUUUGGUGCUGGUACGGAACCUCGGGGUAUUCAAGUCAACCUCGAAGCUGCCACUGCCUUCGGAUGUCAGGCGUACAUGGCAAAGGUGGAUGGACUGUCAAAGUUAGACCCAACCGUGAAAUCGAAGCUGAAGAAUACGGAUUUGCUAGCUGCCCAAUCCAACGGCUACCGACGUAUGUCGGCGAAUCUUUACAAAACUAAGAACCCAGACGAAUACUUCCACAUUCAUGGUUCGCUGGAGGCUACGACGACCUUGAACAUGGUUGGGCUGGAGGGCCAACGACCAGACCUGACUGACUAUGAAGAAAUCAUCAAGGUUAUCGAGAGUAAGGUACAGCAAUACACAGCUGUGGAGCUUGAAGAGAUGAACAAGGAGAGAAGCCAGGCUGGUGUGACUGCUUACAAACACGAGGACUUUAUCAAGACUCCCCAUGGAAAACUUAAUGUCGAAGAACCCGCAUGGAAAGUCAGCAAAUUGCCUGGUGACCUUCCUCCAACUCCUUUCCCAGCCAGACGCAACGGUAGCAAGAAGAUCCUCGAGGGUGUCAAGGUGCUAGAGAUGUGUCGUAUCAUCGCAGGCCCAACUGUUACCCGCAUUCUAGCCGAGUAUGGUGCCGAUGUCUUGAAGAUAACCAGCCCAAACCUUUCCGAUGUGCCUUUCUUCCAAGUUGAUGGUAACAUGGGCAAGCUGGCAGCAGAUCUUGAUUUGAAGAGCGAGGCUGGGCGAAAGGAGUUCGAGAAGCUUUUGGAUGAUGUUGACGUUAUCGUGGAUGGCUACCGUCCAGGAGCACUGGAUAAGCUUGGAUACGGAGCAGAGGCCAUGGCUGAGUUGGCCAAGAAGCGCGGCAAAGGCAUCGUUUACGUGAAUGAGAAUUGCUUUGGAUACGAAGGCGAAUGGGCUGGCCGUGCUGGCUGGCAACAGAUCGCAGACUGCGUUACUGGAAUUGCCUGGGCACAGGGCCAGUUCAUGGGCCUCUCAACACCCGUUGUGCCUCCCUUCCCCAUCUCAGACUACGGCACAGGCUGUAUGGGCGCCAUCGCCGCGCUUACUGGUCUCUACCACCGCGCGAAGACUGGCGGCUCGUACCACGGCAAAGCCUCACUGAUGCACUACGACCUUCUGCUCUUUGCAAUGGGCCAAUACCCAGCUGAUGUGCAGGAGGAGCUUCGUAAGGUGCAGCCGCCUGAGUUCUUCAAGUUGCGUCACUGCGACAGUGUUGACCGGAUCUCGUCGACUGUGCUAAAGGGCAUGAAGGAACGGUUCCCGCACUUGUACAAGCCUGCUGGCUCUGAGUCGGAAGGCCGCAAGCCAUUGACAGAACUAUGGUCAUCACGCGCAUAUGAUGCGGAUAUCGAGAUUGUGAAGCCAGUUGCAGUUAUUGGCGGAGUGGAUAAUCAGUUCGUGCGGUCUAGUCGUCCGAAUGGAUUUGAUCGGGCUGCGUGGGAGGAGUUUAGCGUCGAAGAGACGGAUGUGAAGAAAUUCCCACCGGAAACACCAUCCCCUCGUCUUUCAAAUGAUACCACCUUGACCGCGUUGACACAACUGGGUGUCUAUCGAUUCGGGUGCAAUCGGUCUUUUGUUUCAAUCAUCGACGGAGAAAGUCAGCAUAUCAUUUCAGAGGCAACCGCUUCGAUCUCUCUUCGAAAUAAAGAUCUUCAUCGACCAGAUGAUGGCAUCUUCCUGGGUGUAAAUACACUUGACUUGGAAUGGGGAGUGUGUCCCCACGCCAUUCGACUUUUCACCGGACAAGAUCCCUCCCGGAUAUUAGACACGGAGAACAUAACGGCCAACCAAACACGCAACAUCAUUCGCGAUUUCACCAAGGAGGAUUUCUACAAAGAUCGCCCGUAUGUGCUCGGCUGGCCUUACUUUCGAUUCUACGCCGAAGUGCCAUUGUAUAGCCCUUCUGGGUUCGUACUAGGUUCAUAUUGUGUGGUAGACAACAAGCCGCGAACGGAAUUUGGAGAUGAAGACGUGGCUGCUCUUCGGGAGAUUGCCGACUCGAUUUCAAAUCAUCUUGAAAAUGCGCGGAUCGUUCAAUAUCAUCGUCGUUCGGAGAACUUGGUCAAAGGGUUGACAAACUUCGUCAAAAGUCAUUCGAAAUUUGACCCCACUAGCUCCUCGACUCAAGGUCAAAUUGAAGCAUCUGCAAAAAAGCUCAAUUCUGAAGAUCUAGGGGCAAUAGCCACCCCAGGCGAUGUAGGUGGAACGCUCAAUUCUUUGUCCGCAGAAAAGGAUAUUGGUGUCUAUUCACACCUUGAUCAAAAGUCGUCGACAAGUCUUAGUGGCAAGGAAGCGUCGAUAUUUUCUCGAAACAUACCUUCUGUGUCAAACUACACGCAGCCAUCAUCUCUUUCUCGAACCUCAGACCGAGCUGAACCGCUUUACUCCUCCGUAGAGGGGCCCCCGGAAUCGUUAGUGCCAGAUAAUGUGCCUAUCACUGAACGCAUAGCUGCGAUCUUUUCCCGUGCCAGUCUUCUACUGAAAGAAUCUCUGGAUCUAGACGGCGUAGUCUUUCUGGAUGCCCACCGAAACGAUCCGCAAUUCGAAACUUCUGAACGGCCUGAUGAUUGGGAUGCUUUGACGAAUUUUGAGACAGGCGCCCCAAUUGCUUCACGUUCUAGCCCUUGGGGUCUUCCUAAUGAAAAUUCACGCAAGGAUGGGGAAAAGUAUUGUGGCUCCUUGGGCCAGGCCAUAAGCUGCAGGCCAGCUAAGAGCAACACUGACUCGAAAUGCCAUGUCCAAGUAACAGAAGAGUUACUGCAUUCGUUGAUCACACACUUUCCAGAUGGCCACAUCUUCAACAUAGACAGCAGGAGUAAUUUGGACAACUCCGUGGACUCCGACAGUGGCAAUUCAGAGAUUUCUGCUCUCAAUUUUGCAAUCGCUCGGCGGAUGUCUCAUCAUAUCUUUAAUCAGUUCCCUGAGGCCAAUUGUGUGCUUUUUUAUCCUCUAUGGGAUUGGAACAAAGCCCGAUGGCUUGCAGGUACACUGGUUUGGGUGAACGGAAACCAUCGUCCUUUGGGCACAGAAGACCUGCACUACUUUAAAGCUUUUGGGGAUUCUAUGAUCUCCGAAGUAUCUCGGAUACACUGGACUGCCAGUGAAAACUCGAAAUUCGACUUUGUAACUUCUAUCAGUCAUGAGCUUCGCUCUCCACUACACGGGAUCCUCGCGAGCGCCGAGUUGCUACAUGACAUUCCACUUCAGACUCCGCAGCGUGAUAUGGUCAACAUGAUUUCAACAUCAGGACUGACCUUAUUGGAUACAAUAGAUCACCUGCUGGAUUACUGUAAGAUCAACAACUUGGCAAUCACUCAAAGUCCCAGCGUGACCAACACUGAAGAUUCUGGGGCAACCCUUGUCUCCGACUUCAACCUAGAUUCCUUGGUUGAACAAGUCGCCAUGAUACUUCAUACCGGCCGAAAAGCACCUGGGCCUGUCUCCUCUCUUGCAAGAGAAACAGCUAUCGCUACUCCGUCCUUUCAACCCGCAUCUCGUGUUACUCAAAAUGAGCAUGAAUUGUCAGUGAUAGUGAACAUCGAUCAGUCCAGUUCCUGGAAUAUCCGUUCAUUCGCUGGCGCAUGGAGGAGAAUAGUUAUGAAUCUCCUCGGCAACGCAAUGAAGUGGACGCAAACCGGCCUCGUCGAGGUAUCAUUGUCACAAGCCACAGGUAAAACUAAAGCAGAACCUGAUCUUGUCCAUCUUCGCGUUACAGAUACAGGCCAAGGAAUUUCGCAGGAAUUUCUCAGAAACUCGGCUUUCUCUCCAUUCGCCCAGGAAGACCCCCUAUCAGAGGGUGUCGGGCUUGGACUCAGCGUCGUGCAUAAGCUAGUGACUUUCCUGGGUGGUGAUCUCAAAAUGAAGAGCGAAAGCGGUGUUGGUACUCAGGUUGAUGUUUAUGUUCCCGCACAGCGCCCUAAGGACUAUGCCCCUGCCAAGUUAUUCGACGAUGCUUCCUCGCUAGGAAUUCAAAGAUACAAGGACAAUCUGAAGGCAUGUCUCAUUGGGUUCAACGGCUAUCCUGACUUGAAGGAGACGCCCACUGGUAUUCUGAGCUCCGAUGCGAAACGAAAACUUUCUAUUCAAAGCACUCUUUCCAAUGUUUUCAAGGUACAGCUAGGAUGGCAUAGCACACUGGCAGAGUCACUUGAUAAGGGAGAGGGUGACAUCGCGGUCAUCGAGGAGGCCAAAUUCACUGCUAUGUUGAAUAACCAAUCCCCCUCCACUACGAAUGCCGGCCAUCAUUUCAAAUUCUUCAUUGUCUUGGGCAGCACGACACCCUCGCUAGGUUACUCUCUUCCGCUGAAUGCCAUCCUGAUGUCACAACCAUAUGGACCUCAGAAGAUCUGUGAAACUGCUCAAAGAAUUAUGGAUCUGUACAAUUCACAAGCUCUGAUCGGUGGCCUUGAAGCUCCAAUUAUCGAUCCACCAACAAACCAUGAAAUUCUUCCGUCAAACCCGACCGCACCGAGCCUGCCGGAAGUACGGCAAAGUCUUUCACAAAAGCCUCCAAUUGAAUUAGUCUGUCCAAGUCCUAUUAUCGGGGGCUCCCCGAUUCGGCCCAAUGGUCAAAUGAACGAUAUCCAUGUCCUCAUCGUGGAUGACAAUGACAUCAAUCUUAAGAUCCUGGCUACGUUCAUGCGAAAGCUUGGUUAUAGUUACGACACAGCUUCUAAUGGACUGAUUGCGUUGGAACAUGUUGAAAAUUCAAGUCGAAGAUACGACUUGAUAUUGAUGGUUUCAACCAGCAAGAUCCGGCAACACGAAAAGGACCACGGUCUCCAACCCUCCCGUAUCAUGGCUGUUACAGGCGUCGCUUCGGAUACCAUGCAACAGGCGGCGGUGACCGCAGGUGUCGACGACUAUUUAGUCAAACCUCUCUCUCUUCGUAAGCUGAAGAAGCUUAUAGAACCCACACUCUAA